UUAUGAUAAAAAAGAAAUUGGAAGAAAAAAAAUUAACACAAUUAUAAGUACAUAAUUACAUUCAAAAAUAUAAAUACAUAAACCUAAUUCUAAUUAAAAUUGAACUGAGAUUCUACAGUUUAAAUCUUACUGUAAUUGUAAAAAGGGAUUGUUCAAAUCUGUAAAACAAUUGAUUCGAAUUGAGUUUGGGUUUGCCGGCUCAAACUGUUACCCUGUAACCCUACUCACCCCAGCAUUUCCUUACAAAUCUAUUUCAAUUUCAAAAAAUCCCGCCAUUUAUUUAUAGAGAGAGACUGAGAGCUGAGGAACAAACUACUGGAGACCAGACUGAUCAGAGAGAACAAACUGAAGAGAGAGAAAGUUUAGAGAAAGAGAGUGAGAGAUGAGGAAGAGAGCGACGAGGAAGUCCUCUGCGGCGGACCUUCUGGUUUCGUCUCCGCCUACGGCGAGCCCUAACCGAUCAGCAAGCGAAUCGCCGAAGCAAUUCGAGUUCAAUCUCAACACCUUCAACACCACCUCAUCUUCGAAGAACAAGAAGAAGAACUCCGUUGCAUCAACCUCUGUCCCGAUCAAGUCUAACGGCUCACCAAUGUCUCUGAAUACCCUAGCUACUAUCUCCGAUCUGAAGGGAUUUGCCUCCUUGCGCUUGGACUCCAUCAAGCGCCAGCUCGAUCACUCGCAAUCGGAGAUCCUCAAGGACAUCGAGGCCUCUCAGUCUCGCCUCCACAAACGAUUCAAGAUUCAGUCACAACAAUGCCAGCAAGUGGUGGAUGAAGCUGAGAAGGAAUAUAGGAAGAUGUCUGAAAGAAUCAAUGAAAGUCGAGUAGCAAUGAAGACUUCAUACACAGAGUUCAUGGCAGAAGCACAGGCCAGUGCAUCCCGUGUGUGCAAAACAUCCAUACCUGAGCUUUCACAAUCCUUCGAGAAAGCAAUUGAUGUUCUCAAAAACCGUUAUGGGAAUUCUUCAACUUUGAUAUAAUUAGCCCAUUCUGCAGCAACGGGACCUUCUAAGAAUCAAUUGGUGGGGAAUAAAACAGUUAUCUGGAAGGUCAUUUACAUGCACUAUUUGAGGUGAAGCGAUUUUCUCCUGUACAAAUUACUGUAAAUGAACUUGUGACUCUCGAAGUAGAUAAUUGGAUAUCUUUCUUAGAUUUGUAAAUGCCAUCUUAUUAAUGAAUAAGAAAAAAAAAAGAGAAAAUAUAGUAACAGUUGGCUUGUUUCAUUUCUUUUUCUUGUUCUUGUUCUCUUUCUCAGUUCAUUGACAUUAAGAAAUCCAUUAUAAUACUGCAAUGUUGGGGUUUGUCUUGACUCUUGCCUUCCUACAAUUCUACUUGCUGGUCUUGCUCACGUGUUACCUUACCUAUCAUGCUAAUUCUUAGGAGCUGUUUUAGAACACAUCUAUUGGGCCAAAUCCAUUGUGGACCUGCAUUCUAGUUCAACCGAACAGCUAAUUGUCGGCCCAGCUAGUUGUAUAGUCCAAAUCCAUUGAGCCCACCGAGCCUGAUGCUCACAUGCCCCUCAAAUCUGGGGCCAGGAGAAAAGAAUUUCCUACCACCCACUUUAUAACAGGUUGGUGUGUAGUAGGAGGUUUUAGUAAUACAGAAAACAGUUGAA